UCCGGAUAGAGAUGCCAGUUUCAUAUGUGACUGUAUCAGGAGACGAAUGUCAACAAAUAUUUUGUUGCUGAAGACAAGCCAAACGUUCAGUUUAGUGCGAAAUAGCCUGAAACCAACUGCCACUUGUUACUUCGUAGUAAUUCUCAGUUUGUUCAUUGCGCUUACCCUUCUUUGGUUUAUGGGCGCAGGAUCUUCAAGCCCCGAUAUGCAGGCACCGCUGAUUGUCGCCUCUCAAGCCAGGCACACGGCCUCGCUCAUAUUCCUUCAUGGGCUUGGAGACACUGGACAUGGCUGGGCUGAUACUCUAGGAGAACUCAGACUAAAAAAUAUACGAUGUAUCUGUCCAACAGCCCCCAUACAACCUGUGACUUUAAAUGCUGGAAUGAGAAUGCCUUCCUGGUUUGACAUAAUAGGGUUAUCAGGAGACGACACAGAAGAUGAAGCAGGAAUCAAAAAGGCUUCAUCAAUGUUAAAGCACUGGAUAGAAGAAGAAGAAAAGCAAGGUAUUCCUAGUAACCGCAUUAUGGUGGGUGGAUUUUCUCAAGGUGGAGCUGUGGCUCUCUACACAGCGCUGACCCUACAGAAGCCCCUGGGAGGAGUAGUUGCCCUCAGCACCUGGAUGCCCCUCAGUAAAACUGUCCCUCAGCUGGCCAAAUCUUCAAGUAAUUCCAACAUCCCAAUCCUACAAUGUCAUGGAGAGAGCGACCCUCUUGUGCAGUUCUCAUGGGGAAAGAAAACACAUGAGCUUCUCUCCCAGUUUAACAAGAACUGUCAAUUCAAAUCUUAUCCUCACAUGAUGCACAGCUCCUCACCUCAGGAAAUGAAGGAUGUUCACCACUUUUUAGAGACAACAUUUCCACCAGAGAAAUGAUAACAGCCCCUUCUCGGUUAUAGUUAAUUCAUCAUUUUUAUUUAAAUGGAGUAGCUCAUGAGCCUUUUAGACAUAUUUGAGAUUUGAGCACAAUGAAUGUUUGGGCAUGUGAGACUAACUAAUAUUGAAUGACAUACAUACAUGUACAUGUAGGUGAUACCAGCAUUCGUGAAUUGUUACUUUUUGUAUCAUUGAAUGGCAUUAUAUGAACAACGGGCACUUUAGGGUACACACCAUCAGUUUUUUAGUUCACCUGCAAUUACCUGCGAUACUAGUAAUUCACCAGUAAAAUGUAAUUUGUAUCAGUGGGUGAUCAGUCACCAUUGCCAUCUCUCCUCCUUUGCUCAUUUAGGGAUAUUUUUCUGCAUGUGUUUCUGACGAUUAUACAUGUACUUUAUAAUUCAGAAACAUGUAAUGUAAACUAGGUUUUCAUUUGUAUUGCGUAUUGUACAAAGGGUUUCUGUCACCAUCCACAGCCCUUUGGUGACCUUAAGCAGUGAGUAGCUUUCAUUCACCCUUUCCUAAGAUUAUUAUGAUUAUAGAGGUGAUUUAUUUUAAUCUGGCUGUGGAUGAAUUACAUGAAGGUAAACCUGGUGCUUUCAGAAUGUUUUGAUACCUCAGUUUUACUGACGUUUCCAGCCAGGUUCACCUUCUUGUUUAGUAUCGCAUCAUUGGAAUCAUUCAGUGGGCUUUACUGUGAUCAACUUGUAUUACAUUUAUGAGUAUGCUUUUGUUACUUCAUGUACAGUGUAACAUAGGUGUGAUUUUAUGUAUUUUCCUUUGGUAUGAGUUUUUAUUUCUGUUCAAGAUUUAAUUUUGAAAAUUGUUUAAAGUGACUAAUAUCAGUAUAUAUUGAAUUUGAACAGGUAUAUAUUACGUGUGCUGUGUUGAAGCAAAUGCAAGAUGUGUUCCAGACACUGAAGUGCUAAUAGAGCCAGGCUACUUUGGUUGCCCAAAAUAUUGUACUUUUAUUGAACAGAAUCAUCUUCACUUUCGCAUAAAUACUAUAAAAAAUACUAUAAAUACUAUAUUCACUAUAAAUAUCUGUAGUAAGAAAUGUGCAACUAGCAUAAAGCAAGUAAAUGUCAGCUCAGUGUCUAGGUAAGGUGUCCUGAAUGGCAUUUUUGCAUGUCAUUUAAGUGAGACAGCACUUAAGACUGGAAUGCUGCAAGGUGCAGUCAAGGAGUAUUUGUGACUCCCCCUGAGAUUGAUGGGGAAAACAGGAGAAACAUUGGAAAUGAGAAAUCUUGCUAAAUAUAUUCUUCAAUGGGAAUGUCAGGCUUAUUUCAAUAAGUGCUACUUGCUUUUAUUUAUUCCUUUCUUGGGUUAUGGAACACUGGUGAAAAUAUUUUUUUCUCACGACUAUUGACUGGUUUUACAUGUAUAUCAUUGUCUUAUGUCUUGAACUCAUCAAAAUAGAAGUCUGAAUUUCUCACCACAUAUAUACAUACCCGCAGAGAUACGGGUAUGUCUUGUUUGUAUAACACCGAAGAUGAUGUAUACUUCAGUAUUCCUGGAAUCUAAACAUGUGGAAGGAAAUGAACAUACCUGUAUGGAUAGACUAAAGUAUAUCUUCUCUCUCUAGAUGAGGUGAAAUAAUCUGUGACAACCCAUGUAAUUGCAUGUCAGCACACAUCAAGCAUGUAAUGUAACACACAUUCAGGGCUAAAUGCGUUAAAGGGAUACAGAAUUGAUUCUGAUUGGCUGGUAUGAGAGAGAUAGCUGGAUUUUAUGUACGACAGAUUUAUUCAAGUGUAACCAAAGCUGAAAGGUUUGACGCAGGAAACCCUGUCUCCACUGUCAACGAAUCGGUGUUGAUUCCGUAUCCUUUUAAAAGAUAAACAGAUUAGUGGAAACCCAAAGAGGAAACCGUUGUACGAAAUAUUACAUUUAGUUCACAAAAUAUGUACAAAGUAAACUGUAAGCAGUGUAAUUCGCACCUUUUUCUUUGCUUGUUUAACAAAUGCCUAAAUAAGUAUAUUUGCAUUAUUUAUUAAGAUUAUCUGUUUUAUUGGUGGUGCUGUUUAACAGUAAGCAGUGUUGAAACUAGAUUGUUACCUAUAUGUCCACUCAAAAAAAAAAAAAA